CCAUUUAUAAACUUUUCUUGUUUAUUUAAUCAAUAAAAAGAUGUGAUUUCCGUUGAAAAUUGUUACUGUUUAAUAAAACGUUGUUAGUUGUUGAAUAUGAACGAAGUUAUUAAAUUGACUGACGAAAACAACAACAUUCACAAGUCGUUAAUUGACUCGUUCGACAGCGAACCGGGCUACUAUUAUCAAGUAAUUCGUUCGAUGCUUACUCCGGGACACGAAACUGAGCUUAUCUACUGGCUGAAGAGCUUCGGUUUGAUUCCCAACACUCAGAUUUGCAAUAACGCGAAAGUUAAUGAAGAUUGUAAUAAAGUGAUGGAGUGGAUUCCAGUGAAAACCAUUGACUAUUACCAGUGGAAAUGCAAGAACUGCUGCGAGAAGAAGAGCAUUAGAGAGAACUCGGUUUUUCAGGAUGUGAGGUGUAAUUUUAAGAACUCGAUUCGGAUAUUGCUGGGGUGGUGCAAGGGGUAUGAUGUGGACACCAUGGCCAACAUUCUAGGUGUUAAGAAACAAACCGUGAAGGUGAUGUACAGUGUGGUUGCCGCAACGGCGCGAAAACACCUCAAAUCCAAUCAAACCAAUAAGAAAAUAGGAGGACCAGGGGUUAUAGUCAUCAUAGAUACAUACCCAGAAGGGUGUACCAAUAGCGCACGACCAAUUCAAGCCAACAGACCCAUAUUAUGUAUAGCUGAAGUUAAAAAUAUUCCUCCAACCUACUGGUUUGAAGCUUUAAAUCGCCACAACAGAAACAACCAGGACCAAAUCCAAGCAAUCAAAGAUCACGUACUGAAAGUAAUCAAAGAUGUUGUUCUUCCAGGUUCAAUUUUAGUGACGCGACAGGACUCCACCUUUUGUUCCUACUUUGAUUUUCAAUCUCUAAGACACUUGUACCCAACUGUAGUUAGUGUGGAAGGUCUGGAAAGGCACAACUCCGAGAAUCAAAAUAUUUUUCCGAAUUUAGAGGUAAUUUGGAAGUUGGCUCUAAACGUGUGCGAGGAAGCGCAGUUUUUUGGUUACGACCAAGUGCCUAAUUUUUUGAUUAGCCAGAUGUGGCAUUCACGUUUCGGGAGUGAGGCGUUUGAGAUGCUCCUCAAUCGCCUCACGGAUAUGCAAUAAUUCGUUAGAAUGGAUAUUUUUAUGGGAAAAUAAUUUUUCGCAGCAAUAAUUGUUUGUUUGGUGCUUGCUGUACACGUGUUGUUUUUAUGAUAUUAACAGUUUUGAUAUUUGCAGACACUUUUUGCAAAAGCACGAUUUUUAGUUGGUUAUCAGAUCAAUUAAGUUUGAUGAAAUUUUAAAUAUGUUAAAUUGAUAUUAGCACACAGGUUUAUGUUACAAAGGAUGCGCCAUUUUAUGAUUAAACAAAGUUUAUUAGUAUUAGAAAAAAUAUAUACAAGAAAUAUAUUGGAAAUAAUACAUUAAUUCUGUGCAAAUAAAAUGUUGUAAAUUGAA